AUGGAUGCCUAGAAUCACCUUGAAUUCAAUAGAGUCUUACUUUUCAAAUCUAAAAUCAAACUUGCUAGAGUGUACUUUGAACUUGGAAAUCAUUACGAAAGUAGAAAAUUAUUCUAAGCCAUAAAAACUUAGAUUAAAACAGAUGAUAGUUUUUAAAAUAAUAAGAAUUUAUGGCUCUCAUUUUACAUUGAAAAAUCAAAGUAUUUCUUGAGUUUGAAACUCUUCAAAAAGUUUGCAAAAUAUGUGUUAAAAAUGAAUGAUUGCCUUGACUAAGAUAAAUAAGUUUAUAUGAAGUAGAUAAAGAAAUUCUUAUCGUUAACAAACUUAUGUUCUUGCAUUGAACCUAAAUUAACAAAAGAAAAAGAAACUGCGAACAAGUUUGAUUUUUCAGAAUAUAAUAGCAGUGCAAAGAUACCACUACCUUUUUUUGCAGCAAUUAUGGAAUCUCAAUUCUAAAGAUAAUUCUACAUAAAGAGAGAUCUUACCACCUAUAUAGGCUAAAAGAUUUUAACAGAAUAUAAGGGAAAGAUAAAUAAACUUGAAGAAUACAUAUUUAUCAAAGAAGACCUUAAUUUCAUAAAUCUCAAAUUCAGGAUAUUGAAAGCUAUUGAAUUAAUUUCUUCUGAUGAUUUUAAAUUGAAGAUAGACACAAUGGAUAAAGAAUUUCAAUAAAUUGUCAUUGACUACAAAGAUUAUCUUGAUAACUUUGAGUUUUAGUAAAUCUUAUUAAAAGCUACUAGAAUUAUUCUAGACAUAACAUUAUUUGAGGCACUAGAAGAUAUUUUAAAAGAUACUGUUAUUGGAUAGAUAUUUUAAAUGAGAAGUGAAAGCUACCCUCUCAGUAUUUAUAGUUGCUAUCCUAUUAUGGAUAUAGCUUAAUUACUAUAUUAUAUAAAUUAAGGUUAUUCUACUAGCCUGUUUUAUUAAUUAGAAUUUAAGUAGAUAGUAUAACAAUACGAGGAUAUUUAUUUCAAAAAGUCAUGUGAAUAUUUUCCUCAUAAUUAUAUGAAUGAUAUAAAAGCAAAGAGGAUAAUUGGAGAACUUAAUUAAUAACUUACUAAUCAAUAACUUGAUCUAAAAGCCUAUAUGGAAAAGGUGGAGCAUACAUUCGCAUAAUUAUCAAAAGAUUUAUAUGAAGGUCAAAGAGAUCACGAUUUCGAAUCUAUGCAAUUUAUCUUAAUUAAGGAUUUUCUGCUAACAUAAUAAAAUUUUUCAGAAGAGGAAAAGAAAGAAUAUGAAACUUAUUUGUAGCGAGGGCUCUACAAUUGUUAAAAGACCUCUGCAAAUUAUUAUAUAGAAGACACUGAUGUGACUCUAUACGGAUUAUUGCCUUUGUUUAUGAAUAAAGAGAAUAUUAAAGAAUUUAAACAAAUCACCUAUGACUUGAUUGACUUCAAUGUGAAUAGAGACACACCUCAAAAUCUUACAAGCUGUAUGCCUAAGGUAGUUGGAAUGAUUUUUUAGCUCGGAGAAACCGAAUUCGCAGUAGAAAUCAUUGAUAAAACACUUGAACUUCUAAAAAAUCUGCCUAUAAGAUUCUUUGCUGAUUAAAUCUUUAUGGAAGGCAUCUUAAGACUUUUAAUUGAAUUAAAGUUAUUUGAAUUGGGUCUAAAAUACUCAGAAAUAACUUUGCCUCUUUGUGAGAGAUAUUUAUAGCCAGGAGAAGAAAAUAAGGUCUUAAAGUUGAAGAAAAGAUUCUUACUCUAUAAAUUUGAUUUUUCUCUUUCGAUAAACAGAAAUUAAUCGAGAUCUGAACUUAGACAAAUAGAAGAAGAUAUAGAUUCAAUUGAAACACUUAUUGGAUAAGUUAGAGAUGUUCAAACUUAGUUAGUAUCUGUAAAAUAAAAGCUCAGUGCUUUAGUUGAAAAAAAUGAUUAGGCUAUGCUACUUAAAGCUCUAGGCUUUGGAGUGCUAGUAGCUUCAGGAUUAGUGAUAACAGCUGUUGUUUACUUUACUAAAAAGAGAAAUUGA